GUGGUGUUCCGGAAACUCGCCUUAUCGCGGCGUCAACCGGCAGACGUCAUUCAUCGCCGCUAACUUCAGCGGCAAACAGACGCAUGCGCAAGUUCAUUGCAAUGUUGGAAGAAGGUUCCUUUUGCGCGAGAGUCGCGCCAUCGAAGGUGUAUCCGUUGCAGGGUCUUCGGAUUUUCCAUCGAAAAUGGGUUUCGUUAAGGUUGUUAAGAACAAACAGUACUUCAAGAGGUUCCAAGUCAAAUACAAGAGGCGUCGUGAGGGAAAGACUGAUUAUUAUGCCCGUAAACGUCUUACUGUUCAAGACAAAAACAAGUAUAACACCCCUAAGUACAGGCUGAUCGUUCGCUUAUCUAAUAAGGACAUCACUUGCCAGGUUGCAUACUCCAGGAUUGAGGGUGAUAAAAUUGUUGCUGCUGCUUAUAGUCAUGAACUCCCAAGAUACGGAGUCAAAGUUGGUCUUACCAAUUAUGCAUCUGCAUACUGUACAGGUCUUCUUUUGGCCAGAAGGCUCUUGAAAAAAUUGGGUCUUGACCAAUUAUACACAGGCACAACUGAGGUUAAUGGUGAUGAAUACAACGUUGAAGAGCUGGACAAGGGUCCUGGUGCAUUCAAGUGCUAUUUGGACACUGGUCUCAUGCGUACCACCACUGGUGCCAGAAUCUUUGGUGCCAUGAAGGGUGCUGUAGAUGGUGGUCUCAAUAUCCCUCACAGUCUGAAGCGAUUCCCCGGCUACGACAAUGAAAGCAAAUCUCUGAAUGCCGAUGUUCACCGUCAACACAUUUUCGGACAGCAUGUAGCCAACUAUAUGCGUACUCUUGAAGAAGAAGACGAUGAAGCAUUCAAACGUCAAUUCUCACAAUACAUCAAGAAUGGAGUUACCGCUGAUAACAUCGAGGCCAUGUACAAGAAGGCACAUGAUGCAAUCCGUGCCAAUCCAGACGUAGAGAAGAAGCAAGAGAAGACAGAGCCAGAGGAGAAGAAAAAGAAGAGGUGGAAUCGCGCGAAAAUGUCGCUUUCGGAGCGCAAGAAUCGUGUCGCGCAAAAGAAAGCAUCCUUCCUCAAGAGUCUUGGAACAGAAGACGCAUAAAUACUUCCAUCUACCUUUAUACUGUGUGCCGGUAUUUCACACAUCGGCUCGUAAAAGGCCGAUAGUUAUCAUAAUUAUAAUGUAUUUUUUAUGUGUAAUACGGGUGCAUCAGUAUGAGAGUAAUAAAAUCGUAUGCGUUUAUCUCAAUUUUUUUUGUAAUUUAUAUGAGUAUCUGGUUUCAUAAAAAAUCUUAAAUUCUACAACCUA